AUGCCGCUGCGGCUGGCCUGGCUGUGCUGCUGCUGGGCGCUGCUGAUCGCUGCCUGCCGCCCCGCCGAGCCCGCGCUGUCCGCCGAGGGCGGGGAACUGCCGCCCGCUGCCGCCGCCGCCACCUCGGGCUUCCUCUACCGGCGGCUGAAGUCGCACGAGAAGCGCGAGAUGCAGCGGGAGAUCCUCUCGGUGCUUGGGCUACCCCACCGCCCGCGGCCGCUGCCGCGGGAACCAGCGGCCGCACCGGCGGGGCGGUUAACGGCGGCGCCGCGCUUCAUGCUGGAUCUCUACCACGCCCUGGCCGAAGGCGCGGAGGGCAGUUCGGCUGCGGAGCGGAGCUCGCCGUUCCCUGCCUCGCUGCCGCCGCUGCCCAGCUCGCAGGACAGCGCUUUCCUCAACGACGCCGACAUGGUCAUGAGCUUCGUCAACCUAGUUGAGUAUGACAAGGAGUUCACACCUCACCAGCAGCACUACAAGGAGUUCAAAUUCAAUUUGUCUCAGAUUCCCGAGGGCGAGGCCGUCACAGCCGCUGAGUUCCGCAUCUACAAGGACUGCGUGGUGGGGAGCUUUAAAAACCAAACCUUCCUCAUCAGCAUCUACCAAGUGCUGCAGGAACAUCAGAACAGGUCCUCUGACCUGUUUCUGCUAGACACACGGGCGGUGUGGGCCUCAGAGGAGGGCUGGCUGGAGUUUGAUGUCACUGCCACCAGUAACAUGUGGGUGAUGAACCCUCAGCACAACAUGGGACUGCAGCUGAGCGUGGUGACCCAGGAUGGUUUCGGUCUAAAUCCUAGGGAAGCAGGCCUUAUAGGCCGAGAUGGCCCUUACGACAAACAGCCUUUUAUGGUGGCCUUCUUCAAAGUGAGCGAAGUUCACGUACGGACCACGAGGUCAGCGACAAGCAGGCGCAGGCAGCAGAGUCGAAACCGCUCCACCCAGCCUCAGGAUGUUUCCAGGGUGUCUAGUGUCACAGAUUACAACAGCAACGACCUAAAGACAGCUUGCAGAAAGCAUGAGCUUUACGUUAGCUUCCAAGACUUGGGCUGGCAGGACUGGAUAAUCGCUCCAAAGGGCUACGCCGCCAACUACUGCGACGGGGAGUGCUCCUUCCCACUCAAUGCCCACAUGAACGCGACCAAUCAUGCCAUUGUGCAGACACUGGUUCAUCUGAUGAAUCCUGAUUAUGUACCCAAACCCUGCUGUGCACCCACCAAACUCAAUGCCAUAUCUGUUCUUUAUUUUGAUGAUAAUUCGAAUGUCAUCUUGAAGAAAUACAGGAAUAUGGUAGUAAGAGCUUGUGGCUGUCACUGA